GCAGUGAGGAGCAGUGAGAGCUCCCGGGGUAUGGAUCUGUACAGAACACCGGCACUCAGAGGAACGCAGCGGGAGUGCAGAAACUAUGACUAUGGCAGAAAAGAUGUCUAGUUUUCUACAUGUUGGGGACAUUGUGUCACUCUAUGCCGAAGGUUCUGUCAAUGGAUUUAUCAGCACUUUGGGUUUGGUGGAUGACCGGUGUGUUGUGCAGCCAGAGGCCGGUGAUCUCAAUAACCCACCCAAAAAGUUCAGAGACUGCCUGUUUAGACUCUGUCCCAUGAACAGAUAUUCUGCACAGAAGCAAUUCUGGAAAGCAGCAAAACCUGGAACGAGCAGUACAACAGACACUGUACUUCUCAACAAAUUGCAUCAUGCAGCAGACCUGGAAAAGAAGCAGAAUGAUACUGAGAAUCGCAAGCUCUUGGGCACAAUUAUCCAGUAUGGAAAUGUUAUCCAGAUGCUGCACUUAAAAAGCAACAAGUACUUAACGGUAAACAAGCGUCUCCCCGCUCUGCUAGAGAAGAACGCGAUGCGAGUGACCCUGGAUGAAGCCGGGAAUGAGGGUUCUUGGUUUUACAUUCAGCCCUUUUAUAAACUUCGUUCCAUUGGGGACAGUGUAGUAAUUGGCGAUAAAGUUGUACUGAACCCUGUAAACGCUGGGCAACCUUUGCAUGCUAGUAGCCACCAGCUAGCGGAUAACCCUGGAUGUAAUGAGGUAAAUUCUGUAAACUGUAACACCAGCUGGAAAAUUGUUCUUUUUAUGAAAUGGAGCGACAAUAAGGAUGAUAUUCUUAAGGGGGGUGAUGUAGUUCGUCUGUUUCACGCUGAGCAGGAAAAGUUCUUGACGUGUGAUGAGCACAGGAAGAAGCAACAUGUGUUCCUCAGAACCACAGGGCGCCAAUCUGCUACCUCUGCCACAAGCUCUAAGGCCUUAUGGGAGGUGGAGGUUGUGCAGCAUGACCCCUGCAGAGGAGGUGCAGGAUACUGGAAUAGUCUCUUCAGAUUUAAACAUUUGGCAACAGGGCAUUACCUGGCUGCCGAGAUUGAUUCCGAGCAGGAUGCUGCCCGUGCCCGUCUUGGCAUGGUCCCAGAAAAGAUGAUGUGCACUUUGGUUUCUGUUCCAGAAGGCAAUGAUAUUUCCUCAAUUUUUGAACUUAUUGGUACCUCGCCAAUAAAGGAAGACAAGGAAGCAUUCGCCAUUGUUCCUGUGUCACCAGCUGAGGUACGAGAUCUAGACUUUGCCAAUGAUGCCAGUAAGGUUCUUUCCUCCAUUGCUGGCAAACUGGAGAAGGGGACAGUUACCCAGAAUGAGAGAAGGGCAGUCACCAAGCUACUAGAGGAGCUGGUAUACUUUGUGACAGCUGGAGUCAACUCUGGGCAGGAUGUGCUGGAAGUUCUAGUAAACAAACCAAACAGAGAGCGUCAGAAACUAAUGCGAGAGCAGAACAUCCUAAAACAGAUCUUCAAGCUGCUGCAGGCUCCAUUCACAGAUAGCGGUGAUGGUCCAAUGCUAAGGCUAGAGGAGCUCGGAGACCAGAGACACGCGCCAUUUAGACACAUCUGCCGGCUUUGCUAUCGGGUACUAAGACACUCUCAGCAGGACUACCGCAAGAAUCAGGAAUACAUUGCUAAACAGUUUGGCUUCAUGCAGAAGCAGAUUGGUUACGAUGUGUUGGCAGAGGACACCAUAACUGCACUACUACAUAAUAACCGCAAGCUUUUGGAAAAGCACAUAACUGCUGCGGAAAUAGACACCUUUGUGAGUCUGGUGCGGAAAAACAGGGAACCACGGUUCCUGGAUUAUCUUUCGGAUCUUUGUGUGUCCAUGAACAAAUCUAUCCCAGUGACGCAAGAGCUCAUCUGUAAAGCUGUGCUAAACCAGGCAAAUGCAGAUAUUCUCAUUGAAACAAAGCUCGUUCUUUCUCGUUUUGAGUUUGAGGAGGUGACUGCAGGGGACAACUCUCUGGAGUCAGGAGAAGAUGAAGAGGAAGUUUGGCUUUUCUGGAGGGACAGCUCUAAGGAGAUAAGGAGUAAGAGUGUAAGAGAACUGGCACAAGAUGCCAAGGAAGGUCAGAAAGAGGACCAGGAUGUAUUAAGUUACUACAGAUAUCAGCUUAACCUCUUUGCUCGCAUGUGCUUGGACCGGCAGUAUUUAGCUAUUAAUGAGAUUUCUGGGCAGUUGGAUGUUGACCUUAUCUUGCGCUGUAUGUCAGACGAGAACCUGCCAUUUGACUUGCGUGCUUCUUUCUGCCGACUCAUGUUACACAUGCAUGUCGAUCGUGAUCCUCAGGAACAAGUGACACCUGUCAAAUAUGCCAGACUGUGGUCUGAGAUACCAUCUGAAAUUGCAAUAGAAGAUUAUGACAGCAGUGGUACAUCAAGGGAUGAUAUCAAGGAACGUUUUGCUCAGACUAUGGAGUUUGUGGAAGAGUAUCUACGUGAUGUGGUGGGACAAAGAUUCCCAUUCUCAGACAAGGAGAAAAACAAGCUGACAUUUGAGGUUGUGAACUUGGCUAGAAAUCUUAUCUACUUUGGAUUCUACAACUUCAGUGACCUUCUUCGCCUAACAAAGAUUCUGUUGGCCAUCCUAGAUUGUGUCCAUCUUACUGCCAGCUUCCCCACGAACAAGAUGGGCAAAGGAGAGGAUAACAAAGGGGGCAGCAAUGUGAUGCGCUCCAUACAUGGUGUUGGAGAGCUGAUGACUCAAGUUGUUUUGCGUGGAGGAGGAUUCCUACCCAUGACACCCAUGGCUGCUCCAGAAGGAACUAUCAAACCACAGCGGGAACCAGAGAAGGAGGAUAUUCUUGUGAUGGACACAAAACUCAAGAUUAUAGAAAUUCUUCAGUUCAUUUUAAAUGUGCGCCUGGACUACCGCAUCUCCUGCUUACUUUGUAUAUUUAAAUCUGAAUUUGAUGAAAGCAAUGCACAAACUGGUGAGGGAGGGUCCACUGAAACUGCUAGCGUGGUACCUGGAGCACUGGAUUUUGAGCACAUCGAGGAGCAGGCAGAAGGGAUCUUCGGUGGCAGGAAAGAGAACACCCCUCUUGAUCUAGAUGACGAUGGUGGGCGCACAUUUCUUCGAGUCCUCCUACAUCUUACAAUGCAUGACUACCCCCCACUGGUGUCUGGGGCCCUACAUCUGCUGUUUAGGCAUUUCAGUCAGAGGCAGGAGGUGCUUCAAGCUUUCAAACAGGUUCAGCUUCUGGUCACAAGCCAGGAUGUGGAAAACUACAAACAGAUAAAGCAGGACUUGGAUCAGUUGCGGUCCAUAGUGGAAAAGUCUGAGCUCUGGGUGUACAAGGGAUCUGGUCCAGAAGAGACCCCAGAGAAGCCAGCAGCAUCUGAUGGAAAGAAGGAAGUAUCUGGAAAGCCAAAGAAGGCAGAGAGUACAAGCAGCUACAACUACAGGGUAGUCAAAGAGAUCCUACUGCGUCUCAACAAACUGUGCGUGCAGGAGAACCCGUCAGGCCGCAGGAAUCGGAAGCAACAGCAGCGUCUACUGCGCAACAUGGGUGCCCACAGUGUGGUGUUGGAACUGCUGCAGAUCCCGUAUGAGAAGAUGGAAGACACUCGAAUGCAAGAGAUCAUGAAAAUAGCACAUGAAUUCCUUCAGAACUUCUGUGCGGGUAACCAACAGAACCAAGCACUGCUCCAUAAACACAUCAACCUGUUCCUGACACCUGGGAUUCUGGAAGCUGUCACAAUGCAGCACAUCUUCAUGAACAAUUACCAGCUGUGCAGUGAAAUUAAUGAGAGAGUGGUUCAGCAUUUUGCCCACUGCAUUGAGACCCAUGGGCGCAGCGUUCAGUACAUAAAGUUCCUUCAAACUAUUGUAAAGGCAGAAAGCCGCUUUAUUAAGAAAUGCCAGGACAUAGUAAUGGCAGAGUUGGUAAACUCUGGAGAAGAUGUCUUGGUUUUCUACAAUGACCGGGCCUCAUUUCAAACACUAGUUCAGAUGAUGCGUUCUGAACGCGAGCGCAUGGAUGAAAAUAGCCCCCUGAUGUAUCACAUUCAUUUGGUGGAAUUGUUGGCAGUUUGCACAGAGGGCAAGAACGUCUAUACAGAGAUAAAGUGCAACUCACUACUGCCAUUGGAUGACAUUGUACGUGUAGUGACACACGAGGAUUGUAUUCCGGAGGUGAAGAUUGCAUACAUUAACUUCCUGAAUCAUUGCUAUGUGGACACUGAGGUUGAAAUGAAGGAAAUCUACACAAGUAAUCAUAUGUGGAAACUGUUUGAGAGCUUCCUGGUGGACAUCUGCAGGGUUUGUAACAGUACAAGCGAGCGGAAGCAUGCAGAUGUGAUGCUGGAGAAAUAUGUAACAGAGACUGUAAUGAGCAUUAUCAAUACCUUCUUCAGCUCUCCAUUCUCAGAUCAGAGCACCACUCUACAGACUCGGCAGCCAGUGUUUGUCCAGCUUUUGCAGGCAGUAUUCAGAGUCUAUCACUGCAAUUGGCUGUUGCCUCCUCAGAAAGCCUCCGUAGAGAGCUGUAUCCGGGUGCUUUCAGACGUGGCAAAGAGCCGAGCGAUUGCUAUUCCAGUAGAUCUGGACAGUCAAGUGAACAACUUAUUCCUAAAGAGCCACAACAUUGUGCAGAAAACCGCAAUGAGCUGGCGCAUGUCAGCAAGGAAUGCUGCUCGGCGGGACUCUGUGCUGACUGUAUGUCGGGACUAUCGAAACAUCAUUGAGAGGCUACAGGAUAUAGUCUCCUCACUUGAAGACCGCUUGCGGCCUCUGGUUCAGGCAGAGCUCUCUGUGCUUGUAGACGUCCUGCACAGGCCAGAACUGCUCUUUCCAGAGCACACAGAUGCCCGUAGGAAGUGUGAAAGUGGCCAGUUCAUUUGCAAACUAAUUCGACACACAAAGCAUCUUCUUGAAGAGAAUGAGGAGAAGCUUUGCAUCAAAGUUCUUCAGACUCUACGUGAAAUGAUGGCGAAGGACAGAGGAUACGGGGAUAAGAUUCUGGACAAACAGGGGUCAGGAGAGGAGCUUGACCAGGCUCAGUCUCUGAGGCAACUGGAGGAUAUAAAGAGGGGGGAGGGAUUGCGGCAGAUUCUGGUGAAUCGUUACUAUGGCAAUAUACGCCCAGCAGGACGACGUGAGAGUUUGACUAGCUAUGCCAAUGGUUCUUUAUCUGGAAAGGCAGGGGGUGGAGGCGGUGCUGCUACGGGGACUCUCAGUCGGGGUGAAAUGAGUUUGUCUGAUGUUCAGUGUCACCUUGAUAAAGAAGGUGCAUCAGAUUUGGUUAUCGACCUCAUAAUGAAUGCUACCAGUGACCGUGUCUUCCAUGAGAGCAUUUUACUGGCCAUUGCUCUGUUGGAAGGAGGAAACACCACUAUCCAGCAUUCCUUUUUCUGCCGGCUGACGGAAGAUAAGAAAUCAGAGAAGUUCUUUAAGGUUUUUUUUGAUCGGAUGAAGGUGGCUCAACAAGAGAUAAAAGCUACAGUAACCGUGAACACAAGUGACCUUGGAAGCAAGAAACGAGAUGAAGAGCAGUCGGAGAGGGAGACACCACACCGCAAGAGAACUCUAGAGCCCAGCAGCCAGAUUACAGAAGAAGCCAAAGAACAGCUGCUGGAGGCCUCUGUUGCUACUAAGAAGGCUUUUAACAAUUACCGUCGAGAGACCGAUCCAGACGAUCACUUUGCAGCAGGUGAUGGGGCCCUUGCUGUCUCCGAUAAGGAAAAAGAUGAAUUAGAGAUGAGCGCUGUUAUCACGAUCAUGCAACCAAUAUUACGCUUUCUGCAGCUACUCUGCGAGAAUCACAAUCGUGAUCUACAGAACUUUCUGCGAUGUCAGAAUAACAAAACCAAUUACAAUCUGGUGUGUGAGACGCUACAGUUCUUGGACUGUAUAUGUGGCAGCACCACGGGAGGUUUGGGAUUGCUGGGUCUUUACAUCAAUGAGAAAAAUGUGUCCCUCAUUAACCAGACGUUGGAGAGCUUGACAGAGUACUGUCAGGGACCCUGUCACGAAAACCAGAAUUGCAUCGCUACCCAUGAGUCAAAUGGUAUUGAUAUAAUAACUGCCCUGAUACUGAAUGACAUCAACCCACUGGGGAGAAAAAGAAUGGACCUAGUUCUGGAGCUCAAGAACAAUGCUUCAAAAUUGCUCCUUGCCAUAAUGGAGAGUCGCCAUGACAGCGAGAAUGCAGAGCGAAUUCUGUACAACAUGAGGCCAAAGGAACUAGUAGAGGUGAUCAAAAAGGCCUAUCUACAGGGUGAGGUGGAAUUUGAAGAGGUUGAGAAUGGGGAAGACCAUGCUGCAUCUCCUCGCAACGUGGGGCACAAUAUUUAUAUCUUGGCUCAUCAGCUUGCACGUCACAACAAGGAGCUGCAGCACAUGUUGAAGCCAGGAGUUCAGACUGGAGAAGGAGACGAAGCCUUGGAGUUCUAUGCAAAACACACAGCCCAAAUAGAGAUUGUGCGACUAGAUCGCACCAUGGAGCAGAUAGUGUUCCCUGUGCCAAGCAUCUGUGAGUUCCUCACCAAGGAAUCUAAACUGAGAAUUUAUUUCACAACUGAAAGAGAUGAACAAGGCAGCAAGAUUCAUGAUUUCUUCCAGCGGUCAGAGGAUCUGUUCAAUGAGAUGAACUGGCAGAAGAAACUCAGAGCGCAGCAUGUCUUAUACUGGUGCUCGCGGAACAUGACGUUUUGGAGCAGCAUCUCCUUCAAUCUGGCUGUGCUUAUGAACCUGCUUGUUGCAUUCUUCUACCCUUUUGUUGGUGUGCGAGGAGGGACACUGGACGCGCGGCUCUCUGGUCUUCUCUGGACGGCAAUGCUUGUGUCCUUGGCCAUUGUUAUUGUUCUCCCAAAACCGCAUGGUAUCAGAGCUUUGAUUGCUUCCGCUAUACUGCGUCUCAUCUUCUCCAUUGGUCUGCAGCCCACCCUAUUCCUUCUUGGGGCUUUCAACGUCUGUAAUAAGAUGAUUUUCUUGACAAGUUUUGUGGGAAACCGUGGAACAUUCACUAGAGGCUAUGGUGCGAUGAUUCUUGAUGUAGAAUUUCUAUAUCACUUGCUCUACCUGGUCAUUUGUGCAAUGGGUGUUUUUGUGCAUGAAUUCUGCUACAGUUUGCUGCUAUUCGAUCUUGUGUAUCGGGAGGAGACUCUACUCAAUGUAAUAAAGAGUGUAACAAGAAAUGGCCGCUCAAUCAUCCUUACCGCCGUGUUGGCAUUGAUUCUUGUCUACCUCUUCUCCAUUGUUGGGUAUCUUUUCUUCAAAGAUGACUUUAUCCUGGAAGUGGACAGACUGCACAAUGAGACCAUGUUUCCCGAGCCAGGAAGCACUAUGACGGGGGACCUCCUGUAUUCCGAGUCUUGUCGUCAAGAGUCAGGAAAUAACUGCACACAGGAAGAACCGCUAAAAGAUCCUGAGGAGGAAGAAGAGAAGGAGCACACGUGCGAGACUCUGCUGAUGUGCAUUGUGACUGUGCUGAGUCAUGGGCUGCGAAGCGGAGGAGGAGUUGGAGAUGUGCUGCGGAAACCUUCCAAAGAGGAACCGCUCUUCGCAGCUCGAGUUAUUUAUGACCUGCUGUUCUUCUUCAUGGUAAUCAUCAUUGUACUGAAUCUUAUUUUUGGUGUGAUCAUCGACACGUUUGCUGAUCUGAGGAGCGAGAAGCAAAAGAAAGAGGAAGUACUAAAGACCACAUGCUUUAUUUGUGGCCUUGAACGAGACAAGUUUGACAAUAAGACUGUGACAUUUGAGGAACAUAUUAAGGAAGAGCACAACAUGUGGCAUUACCUCUUCUUCAUUGUUCUGGUAAAGGUAAAGGACUCUACAGAAUACACUGGCCCAGAGAGUUAUGUGGCUGAAAUGAUCAAGGAGCGAAAUUUGGACUGGUUUCCACGGAUGAGAGCUAUGUCCUUAGUUAGCAGUGACUCUGAGGGGGAGCAGAAUGAGCUGAGGAACCUACAGGAGAAGCUGGAAUCCACCAUGCGACUUGUAAUUAACCUGUCAAGCCAGCUGAGUGAGCUGAAAGACCAGAUGACAGAGCAGAGAAAGCAGAAGCAACGUAUUGGUCUCCUCGGGCAACCUGGUCAUCUGAACAUCAAUCCUCAGCAGCCGGCAUAGACACUACCAGUAAUUCAUUGCUGCUGCAUAUGCAAGAGCAAGGCUUGUUUGAAGUUCUGCUGCUCAUACAUUGGAGCCACCUUGAGUGUUUUUAUGGCUUCCACAUUUUGGAUUUUUGUGCCAAAAGCUCCAGGAGGAAAUGGACUUUGCACUUACAUGGACUUGAACCUAAAAACUGAACUUAGAGGGAAGACAUUAAUUUUAUAUCCGUAAUAUAAAGUAUUCUAUUUAUGAAACAUUUUUUAAUAUAAAUCAUGUCAUCUGAAUUUAUGGAACAGUGUGACGGCUAUUAUGCUUUGGGCAUUUCUCCCUUCUAAAACCUUUUCUGAAGGUACCAAUGUAGGAAUAAAAAUAAUUUCCUAAAUAUGUCCCGCUGAAGCAUGUAGCUUGCCCAAAAAAUGUGACUUUUUUUUUUUUCCUGUAACCUCUGACCUGGCUGUUAUGGGAAGUCUGACAUGGUACUUGCUUUUUUUUUUUUUUUUGUCCCUUCACAUUCCUAAGAAAAUAUUUCCUUAAUCAAAGACUUGAAUCUUGUAUGUUUUGGAUAGGACCAGAUGGCGGUGACCAAUUUUUGCUUAUUAGUGGGGACUUCAUUUAAAUCUCUCCCUUGGCUCUGUUUUGUACCACUACCCUUCUUGUUUUUGAAUGCAGGGAGAUUGCUCUCUGAGUUUGUAAAUGUGCAAGUUUUUGAGAUAUUUAAAUAAACCUAAGCUUAUCAAAGGUA